AUGUGUACAUGUUACAUAAAACUGGUUAUGAGACUACAAGGAUAUGCAAGUACAUUUUACUCUUCUUUGGAGUUUAGGUCGGAAAUGAACACCGGAAGCACUUCAUAUAGCCAUCGACAGCCGAACCUACCUUGUGGAGAUCUACUUGGAAAUGAAGACGCCUACAACAAAAUUUGUGUUCCUCUCUAUAAUGCAUCAAUGAGAUGUGACUGGGAAGCUGCUAGUGUCAUCCUUGGUGAACACCAAGGCCUAGAUCUGUUGGGGUUUGCCAUCACUGAAAAUUAUGAUACUGCGCUUCACAUUGCAUCAUCUGCAAAAAGCAGCAGGUUAAUGGAAAUGUUUGUGGAAAAGCUAGUAAAUAAGAUGACAAAGGAACAAUUAGAGCUCCAGAACAAAUGUUAUUACACCGCACUGUGCUUAGCAGCAGCAGAUAGCGCAGGAAAUGUGAAUAUUGCCAUGACUAUGGUGGAGAAGAAUAGGGCGCUAUUAGAUAUCCCUGCUCGUGAAGGAUUGAUGCCACUUUCCAUUGCUUCGAGAUCAGGACAACGUAAUAUGGUACAACUUUUCUAUGAUAAUUCUAACAAGAUGACUGGUGACUUUUGGACAGAUCAGAACCGUAGUCAGAACGACGAGUUAGUAGGUGCAUGGGAUUGA